AGUGGGGAAAAAAUAAUUUUUUAAAAAUUCAUUUAAAAAUGGAUUAUGAUGAUGAUAGUGAUGAACCUAUGGAUUUGGAUCAACACCAACGCAAAUUUUUUGAUGUGGGUCCUUUUGAUCCAAGAAGAGUGGAUUUGAAUAAACCUGCAAUGACUGCUGAGGAAUAUUUGAAACAAGUAAUUGUUGAUCGUAGUCAACAACCAGCUAUUGCAGUUGCUUCAAAUUUAAGUCUUAUUAUGGCCCAAAGUUCAACAAGUGCAACAACUUCAAGAAUCACAAAUUGUUUAGAAAAUCAACUUGAAAUUUUUACUACUCGAUUCGGUCCAGAUAGCGAAUGGAAAACUGCAAAGGUCAAUGAAUUUUCGUUGAAUCGUUCACUUUUGGAAGAAAAGAAGGCUCCUCCAGAUAUUUUGGCUAAUAUUAAACUUCCUACACCGGGAGAUUCACAGGGUUGGUGUCAAUUAUGUUUUGAAAGAAGAAUUCCAGAAUUAGACAUUAAAGAGGAAGACAAAGAAAAAUUGGAAAAAUUUGCACAUCAUAAGGGUAUACCUCCAAUGUUGGGAUUGGUUAGAUGUUUGAAUGAUAAUUUGGUGAAUCAUCUUAUUAUGCACCAAACUGAGUAUGUAAUCGAAAAUGGACAUAGCCGUGCUAUUCUUGAAUGGAUUUAUGCAUUAUUGUUGGUUGUUAAAAAGCCGUUGCUUCAAGAUGUUGUUGCACGAUUGCGUGAUUUUUGCCGUAAAUGUCGUGAAUGGCGAUCUCAAAUGGAUGAGGAUGAAUUGGAUAAAAUAUAUGAAUUGAGUUGGUUCAUCACUAUAAUCUCUUGUUAUUUUGCUCAACAUGAUCUGGGUGAUUAA